UAACGGGGAUUGCCUCGUUCCACAAUUGUCUUGGUUUGUUGACGUUUGCUCAAAUACAGCAGCAGCUAGUAACGGGAGGUCUGCCCUCAUUGUCCGGCCAUAGCGACUGCCCAUACGAGAGUCAGUAAAUGGGUUUUCGUGUAAAAAGAUGAUCGCCUCACUUUCGAAAAGGAGCUUGCUGGAUGAUGUUCUUCAUGAGGGCUUUAACGAGCAGCAGCUUGCAGCCUAUGUUUCGUGGGUGAAUGCUCAGCUGAAGAGGAAACCGGGGCUGAAACCUGUCACUGACCUCAGGCAUGAUCUCCAGGAUGGGGUGGUGCUCAUACACCUCAUAGAGAUAGUUGCCGGGGAAGCCCUGGAGGGAGUGAAUUUUGUUCCACAGAGCAGAGAAGAAAGCAGGAUGAAUGUAGAGCGAGUCCUGCAGUUCAUUUCCUCCAGACACAUACGAAUGCCCCACAUAUCCGCAAGAGACAUUGUCGACGGUAAUCUGAAAUCUGUGAUGAGGAUCAUUCUGGCACUGGCUGCCCACUUUAAACCAACAGCCAAUCACAGGGCUGCCUCUGGAAAUGGGCGGAGUUUGACGAGAGCCUCUGCCAACCACUACCCUCUGUCCGCGGUCGCACUUGCACAGGGCGCCGCUGCUGCACUGGCAUCAGCACGACUCGAUGCCUCACAGCCGGCACGAGCCACACACCUCCGCAGUGCAUGGGGGUUGGAUGAGGAGAGGAGUGUGUGUGUACGUGCGCUGGUGAAGCAGUACGAGAGAGGCGCUCCGGAUGAGCCAGACACUUCUCAAUCUGGCAGUCUUAGCUCUGUAAGCCCUAUUUCGUCCCCAAGAGCGCCCCCCAGCUGCCAUGCAGAGGACAGACAGCAGCAGGAGAGCCAGCAACAGGAAAACUUAGAGGAGUCACCUGUUGUUGCAGUGACGCCCCUUUGGGAGGACUCUCUCAGUGAAGCUUUGGAGAAGGAAAUGCAGGAGACACGUAAAAUGGUGUCAGCUUUACAGGCUCUGCUGCUGCACGGCUCGCUGCCUGAGGACGAGCAGGACCUGACUCUGAGUCUGGAAGAUGGCAGCACUGAACAGCAGCUGGUAGUCAUUCGCAGCCGUUUGGACCAGAGCAUGGAGGAGGCUCAGGAGCUAAAGAGGGAACUGUUGCGCUGUAAGCAGGAGAUGAGAAACCUGCAAGGAGUCAAGGAGGCCCAGCAGCAGAGACUGUGUGCUCAGGAGGCCUCAAUACUGCAGAUGAAGCAAGAACUGCUCAGAGCCGACAUGGCCAAAGAUGAGCUCAACAACCAGAAUGCAGAGCUGCAGUGGAAGCUGGAGGAAUGCAACAGGCUGUGGGGUGAAUGCAAGAAGGAGAUGGGACAGAAAGACAGACUACUGCAGCAACACAAACACAAGCUGGAAGAAAGCCAAAAGCAGCAGAGUGAAAUGAAAAGAGAAUUGGAACAUAAAAGCAGUUUGUUGCAGGAACUGGCGGGUCAGGAUCUGCAGCAGAUUCCUGCUGACACUGACAACAAUGGAUACUCUUACUCUGGCAAACCAGCUCCCUCUGUAUCAGGGCAGGCGGAGGAAGUGCAGCUGCUCAAAGAUGCACUCAAGAGUUUGAGGAACAACUUCAGAGAGCACGACCCCCAGCACCACACGCUCGACACCCUGGAGCAGGGCAUAGCAUCGCUCGUAGACAGACUGCAUGUUUUACAUACAUACCGGGGAAGGGGGAAGUCUCCAAGACGUAAAACUGCACAUACAGAUUCUGACUCCUGGCCUUCCACAAAGGUUUCUCAUCCUCAUAGCAGCCCCUCUGCCUUCACUAAAAUUCUUUAUUUCACUGGCCAAUCCCCAAAGCCCUCUAUGAUCAACAUACCGAAGAGGCUUGGUGAGGUGACUCUCAAGGACGUUAAGGCAGCUGUAGAUCGGGAGGGAAACUUCAGAUACCACUUCAAGGCCCUGGACCCCGAGUUUGGCACGGUUAAGGAAGAGGUUUUCCUGGACGGGGCAAUCGUUCCUGGCUGGGAAGGAAAGAUUGUGGCCUGGGUGGAAGAGGAUCAUGGAGAGGAAAGACCAUUGUAGGUUCAAGCUGAGGAGCCUUGACAGCCUUUGCUUGUUCCUGGUUACUGUAAGCCCAGACACUGCAACAGCCACGGAGAAAGGGUGAUGUGGACAGAGAUUUAUUAGCAAGAUAAUACUUGUCAGGUAUUAUCUUGCUAGAGAUUUGGCUCGACCAGAUGAUACUACUGCCCUACUCACUGUGAAAACGGUGUUCAUCUGUGACUCACAUCUGGAAUAAGUUACAGUUCAGUGCCUUACUAAGGAAAUGUUAUUUCCAUGUGCAUAUUUGUGAGUGUGUGCUCUAGAGUGGACCAUAAAGUAUGUUUUUGUCCUUGUUCCCUCAGCCAGGAUUACAAUCAGUGACUACAUGUAUAUGCAAACUGCAUUGUAAUGUGAUUAUCAAAAACUGGACUUAGUGGUAGCUGGAAACAUUACUUCUGAAUGACUGAUUAUUAAGUCACAAUAGCUUCAGUUGGAUUGGCACAAGUGGAGCGACUCUAGUCCAGGCCUGAAGAUCAUAUGAGGGCUGUUGAUAGUUUAUUAGUCAGCUUUCAACCAUUAGUGUCCUCUAUCCUCCUUCAGCUUUCCCUCAGAGAGAAUACCACUGAAUGUCAACUCAGACAUACUGUAUGUUGUUUUUAGCGCUUUUGUAUGUCAAACUGUGGCACUAUAUAUAACAGACAAAAAAGAAAGAAAAAAUUUCUGCAGCCACUAAUCUGUGAAGUCACACCAAUUUACAGUAUAACUCCACAGAGGAUGAAAAAUUGAUGGUGACACUUUCCAAGAACAUUAUCUAGGGAUAACUGUAAAUUCUCUUGUUUAGAGCAAAUAACAUAAUACAUAAUGCAUACAAUAAUAGUAACAUAAUACAAAAGUCAUUAGGAUAGAAAAACUCAAACUUUGCACGAGUCCUCAAAGUUCCCCUUCACGUCUAAUAAGACACUGUAGGCUAUGCAAGAGUGUGACAUCACUGAUUAUCAUCUUGUUUCUCACAAUUAUUAUCUUACAAUAUGGCAGAUGUAGGAUAAAUGUUAACUAACCGAACCACCCAACACAUAAACACAAAUUUAUCAGUAGUUUUCCCUUCAAAAGCACACAAGACCCAGUGUUAAAAUUAAAAUAGUGUUACAAACAGCUGAACAGGUGAAGUGCUUGAUGUAAUUAAUUCACAUAUGGGUGGGAAUCGCCAGAUCUGUUAUUGUAGCCUACAGUAAACCAUUUCACAAAACAGAGGUCAUAGCACACUAUGCAAAAACAGUCUCACUCUGGCAUUCACGUGGUCUAAUACAGAUACUGCCGUUUGAAAAACCUGUGGCACUGCAGGCCGGUGAUGCCAACUGAACUUUGAGAGUCUGCAUUUGUAGAGAAUAUUUUACAAAGCAUCUGUGCCUGUGCCACAACAAACAAGAACAUACUCCCAAGAUAGUUUGAACGUAACUGGGCGAAUGUAUCUGUGCACAUGAGUUUGUCUUGUCACAAAGGUUUUAUGCUUUUGUUGAUGGCUAAACAAUUUUUGUCUGUAUUUUGCAGUCGAGUGAAGCACAAUUUACCACUUGGCUCUUUUUGAGGGUGGUAAUGUGCAUAGCAUAGCAAUUAAUAAUGAGAAGAAAAAAGGAGAUAAUAUUUAUUUAUGUAGCACAUUUCAAAAUAGAGUUAGGAAGUGCUUCACCAACUAAGAAAAGCAGCAAUGACAGUGUAAAAAAAAAAAAAAAAAAAAAAAA